GCCCCGGCCCCGCCGCCCGCCACCUGAGCCAUGGCGGCGGCGGCGGGCGGCUCGGCGGGGCUGGCGGCGCUGCUGGGCAGCGCCUCCCCGCACCUCCUCAUCGUCUCUACCGCCGAGGAGCCCGCGGGCGGCUGCCGCCCCGACGCCGACCUCCUGCUCUUCGCCACGCCGCAGCCCGCCCGCCCCGGCGCCGCGCCCCGCCGGCCCGCCCUGGGGCGCCCGCCGGUGAAGCGGAAGCUGAAUCUGGAGACGGACCACCAGUACAUAGCCGAGAGCCUGCCGGCGGCCCGCGGCAAGCCGAGGAACCCCGGCAAAGGGGCGAAGUCUCCUGGGGAGAAGUCCCGCUACGAAACCUCGCUGAACCUCACCACCAAGCGCUUCCUGGAGCUGCUGAGCAAGUCGCCCGAUGGCGUGGUGGACCUCAACUGGGCGGCCGAGGUGCUGAAGGUGCAGAAGAGGCGAAUCUACGACAUCACCAACGUCCUGGAGGGCAUCCAGCUCAUCACCAAGAAGUCCAAGAACAACAUCCAGUGGCUGGGCAGCCAGGCCACCGCGGGGGCCUCCAGCCAGCACCGGCUGCUGGAGGAGCUGCGGGAGCUGCAGGCGGCCGAGCGGCAGCUGGACGACCUCAUCCAGACGUGCACGGUGCAGCUGCGGCUGCUCACCGAGGACCCCGCCAACCAGCACGCAGCCUACGUCACCUGCCAGGACCUCCGGAGCAUUGUGGACCCCUCCGAGCAAAUGGUGAUGGUUAUCAAAGCCCCCCCGGAGACCCAGCUCCAGGUCUCAGACCCGACGGAGGCUUUCCAGGUCUCCGUGAAAAGCACUCAGGGCCCCAUUGACGUGUUCCUCUGCCCCGAGGACAGCUCGGGGGUCUGCAGCCCCGUCAAGAGCCCCUUCAAAGCACCCACGGAGGAGUUGUCCCCCGGCUCGUCGCAGCCCAGAGCCUCCCCUCUCCUGCAUCCCGCCCAGGACGUGAACAUGCCGCUGCUGCCCGGCGAGCAAGAAGCCCUGCUGCCGGGCGCAAGCGUGCUGCCCAGCAAGUGCCCCGCUGAGGAGGUGAGCCUCUCGCCGCUGGCCUCCAUGGACGCCCUCCUGGAGCAGAGCAAGGACGAUUUCUCAGGCUUCUUGGCGGACGAGUUCAUUGCCCUGUCGCCGCCGCAGCCGCAGGAUUACCACUUCGGCCUGGAGGAGGGCGAGGGCAUCAGCGAGCUCUUCGACUGUGACUUUGGGGACUUCACGCCCUUGGACUUCUGAGGCAGGCGGGUGCCGAGGGUGAAGCCCCCCCGCUGCAAAGGAGCCGUGGGGCAGAGCAGGGGACGGCCACCCCGUGUCCCCGGCGCGGCUUUGCCUUUGCGUGGUUUCUGGUGCCUUUCCUUGGGGGUGUCCCUCGGCGGUGCAGCGGCCACAGGCCCUCUCGCCACCCCCCCCCCCGCAAUAUUUCCUUCCCGUCCAGCGUCUCGCCGCGGUGCGACCGAGCCCAGCGCCGCUCAGGGCUGCUCUGGUCCUGGGAGGGGGAUGCUGGGGUGCGGGGGGGGGCUCCCCUCUCGGUGCCCCCUCGCCACGGGGGUGUCUGCACCGCUGCCGCAGGUGCCCGUGGCAGAGCUUUAAGCAGUCCUGUGUAUAGAUUGGAUUAAUUUAUUUUUGUUCCCUGGGGACAGCGUUUCGUUUCCUGGGAGGGGCCGUGAGGGGGGGGGGGGGAGGCGUGCGGCAGUGUGGGGGUGCCGGGAGGUUUCCUUAUGCUGGGAAGGGGCUGGCGGAGGUGUGGGGGGGCCGGGUCGGUGUGAGCCCCCCUGUGCGGGGAGGGCACCGUGCCCGGCUGAGCGUGGGGUAUUUAUUUAUUAUUUAUGCCAUGUGGGAGCUCUCCUGGGACGUGGUGGGCGGGGGGAGCAGGCGUGGGGCAUGAAGUGGGGGUGGGAAUGGUGCUGGUGGAGGGUCCCGGCGGGGGUCUGCUGGCACACCCCAGCUUUGCUUUUGCCCCCAGACGGGGCACUGGCAAAGCCCCUGCCAUGCCAGGUGGCCGCGGGAAGGGCGAUGGGAUGGGAAUGGGGCCGUGCAUGUGUCCCCCAGGGAUAGGGGGGGGUCCCGGGGGUGCGUGGGGCCGGGGAGCAUCCCCACCCCCUGGUGCCGGUGAGGACCAAACAUUGUCUCCAGGUUUUCUCUCUUAAAUUCCCGCGCAGCCAUCUGGGCUGAGCCCCUUUUGGGUUUUUUUUCCUCCUCCCUGGCUUAAGGGUCUGGAGGGGGUGGCAAGGAGAAAGGGGGGGCCCUGGGCCGGGCUGGAGCCGCACUUUCACUUACUGCCUUUUAACAAGCUUGUGUUCCCCUGAGCUUUGUGUUUAAUAAAGGUUUCUACUGACUCUGGUCUCUA